AUGCCACGCCACUAGAGGCGUGUUGUAUGGAUCCAUACUCGUCGUACUGAUGUUAUGUACAACUGUCUACAUGUGAAUCUCUAUUCAUAGCCGAGAACGCAGUUGUAAGAAUCAAGGCGUUAUGUUUAUGAUUUAAUAUCUUAACUGUCGAGAAAACAGCACGGGUGAGACGAAUACCUCGAAGCAUGGUAUAAUGACGACCUUCUAUUGUAUUUCAUUUGCAUCUCAGAAUACCGAAAGCCAUCAUACAUUGUAUACAUGAAUACACAGAGGUAGCAGCGACAUGCGCACAGGAGUUGUGGCAUUGUGUGUGGUGCCGUUGUUAGGGGCAACAUGCUUUUAUGUGGAAGCAGAUGCCAACUCUAAAAUACCCCCCACCAAUGGCAACAGCGAGAAGCCCCGCACUGUAAUAGCAGUAGAUUUGGGAACAGACUACUCCUGUGUUGGAGUGUUCCGGAAUGACCAGGUUGAGAUCAUCCCCGAUGAACAGGGGAACAGGAUCACCCCCUCCUAUGUGGCAUUCACUCCGGAUGGGGAGACCCUGAUCGGACACGCAGCCAGGAACCAACUGACCACCAACCCAGAGAACACCGUCUUUGACGUCAAGCGUCUGAUUGGCCGCACCUGGGAUGACCCUUCCGUGCAGCGGGACAUACAACGAUAUCCUUUCAAGGUAAUAAACACGGACAACAAGCCGCACAUCCAAGUAAGAGUUGGGUCAGAGGACAAGGUAUUCGCUCCUGAGGAGCUCUCGGCGAUGGUGUUGUCGAAGAUGAAGGAGAUAGCAGAAACGUACCUGACCCAGAACGUCACCAAUGCUGUUGUCACCGUCCCCGCCUACUUCAAUGACGCCCAGAGGAUGGCAACCAAAGAUGCCGGCACCAUCGCUGGGCUGAACAUUCUACGUCUAAUCAAUGAACCAUCUGCUGCCUCCAUAGCGUACGGCCUUAACAAGUCAGAGGGAGAAAAGAACGUCGUGGUGUUUGACUUGGGAGGGGGGACGUUUGACGUAUCGUUACUCACCAUCGACGACGGCGUGAUUGAGUUGGUGGCCACCAAUGGAGACACACAUCUAGGUGGUCAAGACAUCAACCAGAGGCUGCUAGAGUUUUUCAUCCAACAAUAUAAUACGAGAACGAGCCAGGACCUACGGGAGGACAGUGGGGCAAUCCAGAAACUGCGUCGUGAGGUGGAGAAGGCGAAGAGAGCCCUGUCCUCCCAGCAUCAGACCCGGGUGGAGAUCGAGUCACUCAUGGGCGGCCAUGCAUUUUCUGAAGUCCUCACUAGAGCCAGGCUGGAGGCACUUAACAUAGCCCUUUUUGAAUCAACUUUGAAGUCCAUGCAAACCAUCCUGGAUAAUGAAGAAUUCAAGAGGACGGACAUCCGUGAGAUUGUUUUGGUCGGAGCACCAAGUAAGAUUCCCAGGAUUCGGCAACUGGCCAUGAAGUUCUUUGGUGGGAAGGCACCAAACAAAGACAUUCACCCAGAAGAGGUUGUAGCCUAUGGGGCGGCCCUCGAGGGAGCAGUGAUUGCUGCCUAUGACGACACCAUUGAUGAAUGUUUUGACCUUUUAGAAAUCAGUAAGUUGAGUCUCGGCAUUGAGACCAUUGGAGGCGUCAUGACCAAGAUCAUCAGUCGGAACACAGCCAUCCCUACCAAGAGGACUCAGCAGUUCACAACAACCGAGGACGAUCAGGACGUGAUGGAGAUCCUGGUCUAUGAAGGCGAGAGGGCCAUGACGAAGGACAACCAUAUCCUGGGGAAGUUUGAUCUCACAGGAAUUCCCCCGGCACUGAGAGGUGAUCCUCAGAUUAAUGUUACCUUUGAGAUAGACGUGAAUGUUAUACUGACGGUUACUGCUGAGGACAUCGGAACUGGAAACAAGAAUGGCAUUGUCAUUCAGGACCGCCACGGAGAUAAAAUGUCACCUGGAAUUAUUGAGAACAUGAUCCAAGAUGCUGAAGGGUUUGCUGAAGAGGAUAAAGAGAUGAGGAUGAAGACUGAAGCAGAACUCAGAGCCGGGACGAAAUUGAGGAGCAGAAAGGCUGUGACAAGGAAACAUUUCAUUCAAGAUAACGCCAAGGACAUCUCACACGAUGAGCUCUAAUGGAGGAGAAGGAGAAUAUUUUCCAUUUCAGCUUGGAACUACAGAUACGUGGAUUGUGUGAGGCUGACCACUCCAUAACGAGGAUUGAUAAUGUAUUGCUGAGAUAUAUUCCAUCCCCCCGUACAGAUGGAUCGAGUCCGUUCAUGUAUUGAAUUCUUGGGUUAGCGUCAACUUCAUUGCUGUAAUUGUGCCGUUGUCAUGUGUAAAUAUUGUAUGUGCCUCCCCAUUAAUAAAUAACAGACUUUCUCA